CUAAACCCUAUCCCUCAACCUCAAUCUCUCUCUCUCACUCUCGUUCUUUUCCUCAACUCAAAAACCAGCCCUCAACCAUCCUCUUUGACGGCGUGCAUGGGUCACGGCUGGUGGCCGGAUCACAGCGGCGGGCUCGAUGCAGAGGCAGGGGACUCGGCUCUCUCACUCCUUCGUCCUCCCAUCUCUCACUCUGCCUGGGCUCGAUGUCGCCUAGGGGUUCAAGGGCUCGACAGCGGCUGGGGGUUCAAGGGCUCGACGCGCGAGUGGGGUUCAAGGGCUGGCUGGGCUCGACGGCGUGGGGGUCUCAAAGGGUGGGAUCGAUCGUGCAAGGACGGCGCAGGGAGGGGUUCAGGGUGGGCUUCUAAAGUGGACAGAGAGUGGUUGGGUGUGCAAUUUGGAAUUCAAAGGGGGCGAGCCCAUUGAGUAUAAGUUUGUUAUUGUGAAUAACGAUAAGACUAAGAAAUGGGAAGGUGGAGAUAAUCGAGUUGUGAAGCUUCCAAAACAGGGGAGUUUUGGAAUUGUUUGUCAUUGGAAUGCAACAGGAGAGGCUGUGAAUUUAUUGGCGUUGGAGGAAGGAAAGGCUGUAAUUGACAAUGGGUCUACAACUGCUGAUGCUCCUUCUGCUUCUCUUUCAGAGGUGGAGACGAGUCCUUUUGUUGGGCAAUGGCAGGGAAAGGAUAUCUCCUUCAUGCGCUCAAAUGAGCAUCGGGACCGUGAAUCAGAGAGAAGGUGGGACACCUCAGGUCUUGAAGGACUGGCUUUAAAAUUUGUUGAAGGUGAUAGAAAUGCAAGAAAUUGGUGGAGAAAGCUUGAAAUUGUACGUGAUCUAUUACUUGAAAACUCACAAAGUGAGGAACGAUUGGAUGCGCUCAUUUAUGCUGCCAUCUAUUUGAAGGUAAAGAAGAAGGGUGAUAAAGAUGAGAGGAAGCUCAAGAGAAGGAUGACUAAUCCAAUGGAUUCUGUUUUUCUUUUUAUUAAUGGGCUUUGAUGUUUGUAUAUUUUAAUAUUUUUUUGGUUCCCAAUAAAAUACAUUAUCUGUGAUUGAACUUUCAGCUUGUUGGUUAGCUUU